AAGGGGAGGGAGGGAGGGCCGGGGUUCCUCUUUGCUAUCAAACAGGAACACUGGGUGUUUCUCAGUAGCUUCGAGGAUACCAACGAAAACCCCAGAAUACUGAAUCAUUGUGGUGGCAGCUGAUGGAGAGCACUCAUCCCUGCACCCUCCUAGAAGCAGAAAGACCGGACACUUCUCUCAGCUCCGCAGCCCAAGCAGCACAUGGAAUUUCAGAACCUGAGCGCUCCCUCGCCCCGCUGCCUCGUAGCCUCUUCCCCAAAGAUGGCCGCGUUCCUGGCACCAGUCCUGGGCGUGGAGUUCAUCCUGGGCCUGCUGGUGAACAGCCUGGCCUUCUUCAUCUUCUGCGUGCACACGCGGCCCUGGUCCUCCAACGUGGUGUUCUUGGUCAGCCUGGUGGCGGCGGACUUUCUCCUGAUCGUCAGCCUGCCCCUGCGCGUGGACUACUACCGCUACCGGGAGACCUGGCGCUUCGGGGCCACGGCCUGCAAGGCCAACCUCUUCAUGCUGUCGGCCAGCCGCUCGGCCAGCGUCGUCUUCCUCACGGCCAUCGCGCUCAACCGCUACCUGAAGGUGGUGUGGCCGCACCACGCGCUGAGCCGGGCCUCGGGGCGCGCAGCCGCCGGGGUGGCCGCGGGGCUCUGGGGGGGCAUCCUGUUGCUCAACGGGCACCUGUUCCUGGUCACCUCUCCCGGACAGUCCUGCAUCAGCUACCAGCUGAGCACGAGCUCUUGGCCCGGGCACGACUGGCACCAAGCGCUGUACAUUUUGGAAUUCUUCCUGACAUUUGCGCUCAUCCUCUUCGCCAUCGUGAGCAUCGGGCUGACCAUCCGGCGCCGGGGCCUGGGCGGGCAGGCGGGCCCGCGGCGGGCCCUGCGCAUGCUGGCCGCGGUGGUGGCCGUCUACACCAUCUGCUUCCUGCCCAGCGUCCUCUUUGGCCUGGCGUCCAUUGUGGCCUUCCGCCUGCACGCCUGCCGCGCCCUGGACCUCUGCUCGCGGCUCUUCCAUGGGUCCCUGGCCUUCACCUACCUCAACAGCGUCCUGGACCCCGUGCUCUACUGCUUCUCCAGCCCCAGCUUCUUCCGCCAGUGCCGGGCCCUGCUGGGCCUCGGCCAGGGCUCACAGGACCCAGCCAGCGAUGAGAGCUCCAGCCAGCCCCCCGCCCGCCUCCAGGAGCCCUCCAGAAGGCCUCCAGAAGGUAAAGGCCCCGGGGAAGGAGCAGGCGCAGGGCUCCCUGGAGGUCUCGUUGGAGUGAGGGACUAGGGUCUGCGGCAGUGGGGAGCCUGGCUUGGAGGGACAAGGUCACUCCUGGACUGUUGCCAGCAGAGACUGUCACAGCCAACUGGACAAGGGACAUCUGCAGGAGCCAGGUGGGUGGCAGGGAGAGAAACAGGCUUGGCCUCACUGAGACGUGUGUCCCUGGUACCAUCCCGAGGGCAGGAGGAGUCUGAUGGCAGGUGGGGACGGCAGGGGCUGCAGGAGCUGCCCAAUCCCGCCGGGUCGGAUCUGAUGGCUGAGAGCAGCUGCGUUUUCUCGCUUGUCCCUUUCAAUAAGAAUAAACUUCCUUUUGAAAAUGCAAGCCUAUCUUGGCUGUUCUAAAGAAACCUGAAUAAAUGUCUU